AUGCCACCGGCUAAGAAAGAGACCAAGGAAACUAAGGAGAAGAGUACUCACAAACUCGCUCUGAAAGGCUCCUCAAAAACUGUUACAGAAUUCUUUGAGUAUUGCAUAAACACCAUUCUGUUUCAGCGUGGUGUCUACCCUCCAGAAGACUUCACAGCCGUCAAGAAGUAUGGUCUCAAUAUGCUGGUUUCCCAAGAUGAUCAGGUCAAAGCAUACAUCAAGAAGAUCAUGUCACAGCUGAACAAAUGGAUGCUCAAGUCCAAGAUUUCAAAAUUGAUCAUUGUCAUCACCAGCAAAGAAACCGGUGACCCUGUCGAGAGAUGGCAAUUCGAUGUCCAAAUAUUUGGCAAAGAUUCCAAGAAGAAGGGGUCGAGCAAGACGGUGGAUGAGAAUGCUGCUAGCGCAACUGAGCAAGCUUCUGAGAAGACAGACCAAGAUGUGCAGCAAGAGAUACAGUCCAUCUUCCGCCAAAUCACAGCUUCGGUCACAUUCUUGCCCAUGCUUGAUGGUAACUGCACCUUUAAUGUACUCGUGUAUGCCGACCAAGACUCGGAAGUCCCACUAGAAUGGGGUGACAGUGAUGCAAAGGACAUCCAAGAUGCUGAGAAGGUGCAACUACGCAGCUUCUCCACCAACAACCACAAAGUCGACACUCUUGUGAGCUACAGAUUGGCCGAAUGA